UUCAGAUCUCAUUUGACAUUGAAUCUAUUCGCUCCGUUUACAAAGUUUGCUUUCAUUUGCGACAAAUAGUCUCAAUGGAGCAUGCCGAAUUAGAGGCUUCAAAGAAGCAUCGUUUAAUCUUAUCAUCGUAACUUCAAUCUCGAUUCUCAAUACACAAAGAUCAUUUCCCUGUAAAUUAAUAAUUUGUUUCGCAAUCUCAAAGUAUGUACGUGUGUAGUUUGAAUGUAAACUCAUUUGACACGCGUGUGCAACUUUCAAAUUAAACGAGAACGAUCGAUCAAGCCAAGAUAAAACGCGCGUCUGUGUACACUGCACUAUUUACGUUUUAUUACCGGUAAUAUUUGUAUCGGGUUUUAUUUAUUAAUUUAGAUAUUAAAACGAGCGCGGCGUUAGUAUACGCCGAUCUAUAUUUACACGGGCGCGUGCACACAAAACAACCCAUAGAAUCGUGAAAGCGCGGCGCGCGCGCACGUUCCGUCGCGUGGCCAUAUCAAUGGAUCGAUUAUGACAAAACACAGGACGUGUGAAGUGCAGUGCGCUCAGUGAUGUACAGUGGAAAUGUUUACCAACCUGAAGCUGCCGUUGUUGAAACAGAAAGGGGCAAAGGAGGAGCCCCUGUACUGCUAUAGAAGUGUCAAAACUAAACCACCUAAAACCCCUACACUGUCGCGGGCGAAACGCCAUCAAAGACGUCGGUCGGAACCUGGCAUCGUACCUUCGAUUGUAGGAUUUACAAAGGACUCCGUGGCCCACGAAUCCGAUCGACUAGCACCUGGUGACAGGAUUUGCAGCGUGAACGGAAUAUCCACAGCUCGUCUCACAAAUGAUGAGGUCCUCAGGCUACUGGACAAUGUCGAGGAAAGGGCUUCUUUGGAGGUCGAAUAUUAUAUGCCUAAUUAUGCAUCCCAAAACUCUUUGUACAUCACAACCAAGCUAGCAGAAGUGCCUGUCGAAAAAAUAAAUGGCUCCCUCGGAAUCACGAUCCGCGGUGGCCUACCAGACAACUCCGCGCCGAGUGCCGACCUGGUGUUGAACAGCAGGUCUCUAGAUGCCCAGCCACUGGUAGUCACACAUGUCAGGCCUGGUGGUGCCGCCUAUAAUACGUCCAGAAUCAAACCUGGGGAUAGACUUUUGAAAGUAGAUCAUAUAUCACUAACAAACAAAACACUCUCUGAAGUCCAUCAGAUACUGCAGAACUGCCCUCAACUUACCAGCCUCACGAUAGAAUACGAUGUUUCAAUUAUGGAAUCCGUGAAACUCGCCACUGGACCCUUACUAAUAGAGAUUGAAAGACCUUGCAAUGAGGACUUGGGACUGUUUCUUAGUAACCAGAGGUACUCAGACGAAGUCUACAGUUCAGGGUCCGAUACGUACCAGAGAGUGGGGAGCUGUAACGCUAUUUACAUAGAUAGUAUCCUGCCGGCUAGUAUAAGUGACAGAUGUGGCGCCUUACAUCCGGGAGACCAAUUGCUCGCGUUCGAUGACCAUGUGAUUGAUGGGAACAACUAUACUGCCGAAGAAGUCAUGUGUUAUUUGGAGAACAGUGAAGGUGGCUUCACGAGACUGCACGUCGCACCCAGACACGUUCUUGCACACGGCGGAAGGUAUACUAGAGAAAACUCAGUAUCAGGCACGUCAACGCUUAACACCAAAAAGCAUCGACAGAGGAACUACAGGCAAAGCUCUAUGCCCAAACUGGGCUUACAAGACGAUUACGAUAGUCAACAAAAUUACACAAGUAUGGGUGUUUGUCGGACGGAGUCGCUGAAUAUUCAGCUAGAAAUACCACCGGGACAAAGCAGUGGAUUGGCAGUACACGAAGAAAAUGCGACAUUAAUAAUAUCACAUUUGGCUACACAGUCGCCAGCCUACAGAUCUGGGUGCAUACAAAUAAGAGAUAGAGUAAUGUCCAUCAAUGGACACGAAAACUUGACAGUGGACGUUGCCAAUGAAAUAUUGCAAAGAAGAAACGACUCCCACAAUCCUAAGUACCUGACGCUGAACGUCGAGUUCAGUAUGGCUAAUACGAUAGAAGCAUCCAGCGGCGUGUUCAAUGUGAAAUUAGCCAAAACUACGGCAGGCCUUGGAGUUACUAUCACAGGAUGUAAACAAAAAUUGCUGAGUAACGAAGAGCCAAUGGUGAUAUCAGAUAUUAAGCCAGGGUCGGUAGCGCACCGUAGUGGAGCGCUAGCCCCGGGAGACCAGUUACUGGCGAUCAAUGGCCAGCCAUUACAUAAUUUAUCACUGGAUACAGCAUUUAAUAUUCUACAAAAUUCACCAGACGACAUAAUAACACUUAAAAUUCGAAAGCGUGAUCUAACAGAGGAUUGGUCAAAUAUACACAAGCACAACGCCAAACUAACAUUACAAAGUUUCAGUAAUAUAGAAAUUAAAGCUGUAGUACAUAGCGGCGAGGAUUCCGGCCAUCAUACAGAGAGUCCUAAUAACAGUGCAAAAGAAAGCGAACGUAGUCACGGUAGCAAUGAAAAUGGUAAUACGGCUGUUUUCACUGUCGAGUUAAUUAAACAAGAGAAUGGGCCCUUGGGAUUAACAAUCGCUGGUAGUGAGGAUGUAACGCAGCCUAUUUUGUUAAGUGGUCUAGUGGAGGGGGGUGUAGCAGAAAAAUGUGGAAAAUUAUCUAUAGGAGAUGAAUUACUAAGUAUCAAUGGUGAGAGUGUUCUCAGCAAACCAUUAUCUGAAGCUAUCAAACUUCUGCAACAGAGCGGUCAAAGAAUUCAGUUACAGCUUUGCAGAAAAGUUGCAGGAUCAUUAGAAAGUGCUGAAUGUAGUGCGAGAGAUUCUAGUCAUUCCACAUCGAGCCCCGGUCUCUCUAACGAUAGUGCGGUUGAAUCUUGGGAUCAGAAUACACCUGUCAGAACAAGUGCUAACUGUGGUAACUCAGACGUAAUAGAAUAUGCAGUACCAGAUAAAACAAGAAUAACGGAUAAACAACCAUACUCUCCAACGGACGAAGAUAAACUAAUGGCGUCGAAUUUCAAUUCAGCUGCACCGUAUAGCGUUAAUGACUUGCCACUACCAAAUUAUUCUUUGAACAAUUCCCUAAAGACUUUCCACUAUGAAAACACUUGUAUAAUUCCUGAGAACACGUUGAAAAAUAAACAAAAUAUUACAAGAGAGGACGAUGUUCAACAAAUUGAAAUAUUGACGUCAAACAUGAAGGAAUGUCAGUUACAUAAUAUGGAGAGGUCGUCGUGUAAAUGUGAAUAUGUACAAAUGGGACCAUAUGGGAUGGUGUCACCGAAGAUUAGACGGCCUAAUUGGGAUAACGAUUAUUUGAAUAAUGGCAUAUAUACAGUGACAACACCGCAAAAGUCGCCACAUAAACCCAGUGUGCCUGGUACAAGUUUUCAGUUUUCCACGAGUCCAGUUUACGAAAACGAUGUUCCAGGCCUUUACAACAAUGAAACAGCAUCGCCAGCGCGAGGUUCAAUACACCACGUCAUUUUAUACAAGGACGCGAUCUACGAUGACUAUGGCUUCUCAGUAUCUGAUGGAUUGUACGAGCGUGGAGUAUACAUCAAUCGCAUAAGGAAGGGCGGCCCUGCUGACAUUGUGGGCUUAUUGAGGCCUUACGACAGAAUUUUGCAGGUAAAUGGUACCAGGACGGUGGACUACGACUGCUGUUUAACAGUACCAUUGAUAGCAUCUGCCGGUGACCGUCUAGAAAUCGUCGUACAGAGGCUUGCCACGUCCAGGGAUCUGAAGAAUCAGAGAUUGGAUGACAAUUCAAGCCCGAGCGACAGUAACAUAGUGACAAAAACUAUUUAGUGCAUAACCCGACUUUAGUGAAAUAACACCAAAGACUAAAAAGUUUAGUGUUAAUAUAGAAAGUACUAUUCGAUUGUACUUAAAUUUAGACUACGUAAUUAAUGAACUGUGAAUGAAAAAUGAAAUAAUUAUGAUUUUGUUAAUAAAUAAUAAUAGUAAAGUAUUAAAAUUUGUAUUUGAAAUAAACUUAUUAGGAAACGCUACUAAUGUUAAAUUAACUUUAAAUUAUACAAUUCAUUUUGUACAUAAUACGAUGUAUUUAGGUUAUAUUCGAUUUUGUACACAUAAUAUGUACUUAUAUAUAUUAAAAUAUGAAAUAAGAAGAAUACAGAAUGAAAUUUCCAAUAUAAUAUAGUAGAAAAUCAUAUAGAAAUGUUACCGGUAUUAAUGUUAUAGAUACAAUAGAAUUGUGCAAGUUUACCGUCUUAAAUUAUGAUCCUACGUAAAGUAAUGACAAUUAUGAACUAGAUGUUUAAAAGAUGAACUUUCAUGAAAUGAAUAGUAAAAUGGUUAUAGAAUAAUAAUAGAUAGUGAUAAACCAUUGUAAUAAUGUGAGUGUAAUGAAAAACGCCAGGGUUUCAACGUUGAAAUAUAUAGAAUAUACUAAAACUGUAGUAACGAUUAAAAUUUGUCAUAGUAUAAUAGUUAAAAUAUUAAACUAUUUAAUAACUAUAAAUAUUACCAUUCUAACUGAUGAUGUAAACACAGAAAAUGAAGUUAUAAUUGAUAGGGAUGAAUUGGAUAUUAUGAUAAUGUUGCAAAUAUUACUUUGUUUAAGUCAAUGUUUAAUAAUCCCAAAAUGUGCCUAUAUGUUGUGCAUAGUUAAUUAGGAAUAUAGCAUUGUAUUAUUAAAUUAAUAAUUUAAUAAACUGGAUAGCAAUGAAUAAAUUCUAGACUUGAGUGUUAAAAUUAACUGGAGUUUAUUUGUUAAAUUCAUCUAAUUGAAAUACAUAGUCGGUUAUUUUGCAUUUGAUGUUAACAUAUUAUUAAGAAGUAAUAUUUACUUAGUAGAAAAACAUGUAAUGUACCUACAUAUGUCCGAAAACUCAAAAAUUCAUUAAUAUUUUUCUAUCAUCACGAUUUUUUUCUGUUUCAACGAAACUACAAUUAAAGUCCUUUUAAUUAAUGGCAAGUUUUUAUUUCAUUAUUCUAUAAAUAUACAAACUUGAAACUUGUAUAAUUUAUAGUGAAACAGUUGUUUGCUUAUUUUGUAAAUUGGAAUCAGCAAAUUUCGGUCCAUUUAUUGUUUGAACGCGAGCCAAAAUAUUUUUCUCAUUCUAAAUUUCACAUCCUUUCGCACGGUUUGGGAGUUUUGCUACUUAAAUGUAUGUUUAUGUUUCUGUGUUUGCUGGUGUUUCUACUCGAAUUUUUAAAGCGCAAAAGUGUAAUCCUAUUUCAAUUUUAUUUCAACUGAAUAAUGUUGAGUUUCGAACAGCAUUAUAAUUGACUCGUGAAUACUUAUUUGAAAUAUUCCGUAUCACACGAUGUUUUUAAUUACUUACCGACAGAUAAAUGUAAUAUGACUAUCCCAAUUAUGAUGUAAAUAAUUUAAUAACCAAGAUUUAGUAGUGAUAUUGUUGAUACAUCAGACUGAUAGGAAAUGUAAUAGCUUAGAAAUUCUGUAUAUUAAUAUAAUAGUGUGAUUUAUAUGAUGUCGUUUUUCAAAACCAUGAUGCAUUGUAUUUAACAUUGGACACUUUAAUAAGUUUAACUAGAAUACAGAAUGACUUUGAGUGUUACAAUAUAGCUAAUAGUGACGGUUUGUUGUAGAUAGUGAAAGAUAAACUAUUAACAAUUCGAAUAUUUUCUUUGGGCAAUAUUUUGUAAUAAUAAAAUCGAAAUUUGAAAAUUUCUAAAUUGUUGUUAUUUGACAAUAAUUUUACUUUUGAAAAGUUAAAAUGUAAUAUCAACCGCUUUAGGGUUGACUAUAAAAAAAUAUUUUAAAUAAAUAAAAAAUAGUUUAUUUCCAAAACAUUAUUACACUUACAAAAAAGGUUAAUACAGAGUAAAAUAACAUAUAUUGAAGGAGAAAGUGUUACGCAAUGUUUGCCAAAAUGGUCCCCGCUCAGCGUUAUGCCGCAGUCGAAGAGCUACAGCGUUGAUUUUGAUAUAUAUUUGAAUCAAAUAAGCAUAUAUAAAAUACUAGUCUACGUGAAUAUUACACACUUAUUACGUAAUCUAAUGCUCUAAAAUAACAAUAAUGUUUUUUUUUAUAUACAUUUUAAAUCUCUCUUCUUACUUUUAUUUAAUGUUUAUCAAAAUUUAUACAAAAAUUAAUAAUAUUCAACAAAAUUAAAUAUUAUAUCAAAGAGAUUUAAUUUGCAAAUCUGAUAUUUCUUGUUACAAAGAAUAACUUUUUACUGUCAACCCUAAGCAGAUGAAAUAUGGUACGUUUUUAUGUUGGGAAUUAUUAUGUCAGGAUAUUGUUAUAUCCUUACUUUAUUUAAUAGCAGUACUGAUGAAAAAUACUGAUGGAAAAUAUAAUAUCAGUACUCGGAAUUUAUUUUGUUCAUUUUUAAACUCACGAUUAAGAUAUUUAUUUACUUCGUAUAUAUUUAUUAAAGAAUAAUUAAGUCAUAGUACUGUUUGAAAUACCAAAAAUGUUUUUCUAGCUUUUUGUUUUAUUCAUUACAUUAAUGAAAGAUUUUUGAAUGGAAUGUUUGUUUUUUUU